GGAGCGCGCAGGCGCGGCGGCUCCAGUGGUGGCGGUUGGCGGCGGCGGGCGGGUUUGUCAGAGAGGGGGCAGGACCGGCUUUCGCCAUGUUCAGCUGGAUGGGGAAGGACGCGCGGCGCAAGAAGGAGCCCGAGCUCUUCCAGACGGUAAGCGAGGGCCUCAAGCGGCUGUACUCACAGAAGCUGCUGCCGCUGGAGGAGAGCUACCGGUUCCAUGACUUCCACUCGCCCGCCCUGGAGGAGGCCGACUUCGACAACAAGCCCAUGGUGCUGCUGGUCGGCCAGUACUCGACCGGCAAGACCACCUUCAUCCGGCACCUGAUCGAGCAGGACUUCCCUGGCAUGAGGAUCGGGCCCGAGCCCACCACCGACUCCUUCAUCGCCGUCAUGCACGGUGAGCAGGACGGGGUGGUGCCCGGUAACGCGCUGGUCGUCGACCCCAAGAAGCCCUGUUAUGACUUUGCGGCGGUGCUGGAGUGGUUCGCUGAGCGGGUGGACCGUAUCAUCCUGCUGUUUGAUGCCCACAAGCUGGACAUCUCGGACGAGUUCUCAGAGGUCAUCAAGGCCAUGAAGAACCACGAGGACAAGAUCCGGGUGGUGCUCAACAAGGCUGACCAAAUCCACACGCAGCAGCUGAUGCGGGUCUACGGUGCUCUCAUGUGGUCACUCGGCAAGAUCAUCAACACACCAGAGGUGAUUCGUGUCUACAUUGGCUCCUUCUGGUCGCAGCCCCUCCUCAUCGCCGAGAACCGGAAGCUGUUUGAGGCCGAGGAGCAGGACUUGUUCAGGGACAUCCAGAGCCUGCCGAGGAAUGCGGCACUGAGAAAACUCAAUGACCUGAUCAAGCGAGCACGGCUGGCCAAGGUUCACGCCUAUAUCAUUUCCUCACUAAAGAAGGAAAUGCCGAGCGUUUUCGGGAAGGAGAACAAGAAGAAGGAACUCAUCAACAGCCUCGGAGACAUCUACCAGAAGAUCGAACGGGAGCAUCAGAUCUCUCCGGGUGACUUCCCCAACCUGAAGAAGAUGCAGGAACACUUGCAGACAAUGGAUUUUACCAAAUUCCAGAGCCUCAAGCCCAAACUGUUGGACAUGGUUGAUGACAUGCUGGCCAAUGACAUUGCCCGCCUAAUGACCAUGGUGCGCCAGGAGGAGGCUCAGAUGCCCAAGCAAAUUGUUCACGGUGGCGCCUUUGAGGGCACCAUGAACGGGCCGUUUGGUGCUGGCUAUGGAGAGGGGGCAGGCGAGGGCAUUGACGAGGUGGAGUGGGUGGUGGGCAGGGACAAGCCCAUGUACGACGAGAUCUUCUACACCCUGUCACCGGUCAAUGGCAAGGUGACGGGCGCCAGUGCCAAGAAGGAGAUGGUCAAGUCGAAACUGCCCAACACGGUGCUGGGCAAGAUCUGGAAGCUUGCUGACGUGGACAAGGAUGGCAUGCUGGACGACGAGGAGUUUGCCCUGGCCAACCACCUCAUCAAGGUCAAGCUGGAAGGCCACGAGCUGCCCAAUGAACUGCCUGAGCAUCUAGUCCCACCCUCCAAGCGGAGACAGGAGUGACUCUCCAUCCUCCCCCCACAGCCUGUUCUCCUGCCCUCCCAACACCCUUCCCCAUUACUCCCUUCCCCUUCCCACUUCAGUGGGAAUGCUAACCAAAGUGGUCGACAUACUCAUCACCCGGUUUGAACACCUCCAUGUCUUUGAUUUCAUUUACCCUGCCUCUCGGGUGCUUUGGUUCCUUUAAAUGUGCUAAAGACACACUGCACAGCUCUGCACUUUGGCACAGGCUUGUUGCCCCGAGAGGUGCGCUAUGUACUGAGUGGCCAGGGUCAGGUUGGUGCACAUCAGCCCUGGGAGCAUUGAGGAUGUGCCCCCCUCCUCAAGGGUGGAGUGUAGAAUUGAAUGACCCACCCCCCUCCACCUUGAGAUUUGGAUCCUGCAUUCAGUUGCUGCAACUACUAGUGACUGAUUUUUGUCACAUACCCACCAAGCAGAUUACCACAGUGACCUCUUGGGCACGCAUGCCACCCACACCCGCACACUCUGCCACUUGGAGCAACCUGUGCAGACCCAACCCACAGCCACUCUUGAGCCAUCGCACCAGGGGGCACUUGGUCUAUCACAGCCCUUCACUCGUAAUGUCUUCAUUUUUAAACAAAGGUUAUCAAAGAUCCCAGUGUCACUUUCUAAGAUGUGUUUGAAUUGAUGGUGAAUGAAUGUUUUUAAACACAAAAAUGCACCUUUUUGGGGGGGCUUUUAAAUUCCAGAUUUCAGGGGGUGGGAGGAGGCUAGUGAUGGAACACCAUUUGCUACUUCAGAUCUUAAGGAGUAGGGAAGAUGCUCUCUCACUCUGUUUGUGGCCUGGGUGGAUGUGCAGUAAGAGGGGGGCAACAGCUUGAUGGACCCAGUCAGAGGCUGUUGUUAUUUCACUGGCUGAAGUGUGGAGCUGCCCCACGAGUCUUAGCAGUCUAAGUGUUAUUGAAUCAAAGAUGGCACAGUGUGGGAGCUCUGCCCCACGCUGCCAUGGAGAGGUGUGAGAUAAAAACUGGUGUGUGCAAGUGUACAGUUUAUUUUCCAAAUAUGACAAUGCUCUCAAAGGAUCCCAGCUGGACAGCGAGCUGCCCCAAAGCUGACUUUGACACGUCCUCGAUGUGACCUUGCUCCUUUUGGAUCCUGGUUGAUUUGGGAGGGGGGGAGAGUUGUGGAAAGACCCUGUAGACACCAUCAGGGCCAUGCUAAUGAAAGUGUUUCAGCUGAUAGCUGACUUCUGUCUCUGAGCUGUACCAAUGAUCUCCACCCAUCUGGGGGCAAGGAGUUGCUGUGGGGAUGAAUGUGAGAUGCAGGGGUGGAGAGAUGCCCAUGGGGUAUCACCUCAGUGAGGGGUUAACUGCUUUCCUCAUCUUGCCUGUUUCUACCACCUAGCUGUGUCUCUGUCUGUCUCAUUCUGCUGCCUCUUUGUGUCAGUAUUGGUUUCUCUGACUCUCCUCAACCAGCUGCCUACCUGUCUCGCUUUGUCUUUGCAGCAGCUCUUGGUAAGGAACCAAACUGUGGUUUAGUCAUGGCCAGCCACAUCACUGCCUUCCUGCAGGCCCUUAGUGUACAGUCUCUGUAGUUCAUGCCCCCUGCUUUACUGUCUUGCCCCCGCCCCCCCACCUCGUGGCCCUUUGUAGCAUGACCUUUGUGUUCAGAUCAUGUGGUGGGCAGUGGGUGAGAGGAAGGGUACUCUUCAGACUGUGAAUAGCUGUACUCUUGGGUACUGAAGCCACUCACCAUCCACCACCAUCCUUCCCUCAGAUUGUCUUGUUGCAUUUUGUAAUUGGCACCCAACAGCUCUGCCAUCUCCACUGUAUACUGUAGAAUUGUUGGAUCUAUGUACAAAUAAAGAUUUCAGUUUGAAACCAAUGUGCACAUUGGAAUCCAA